AUGGCUCCCUUCAACCUCGAAAGCUGUGCCAGGCCAAACAUCUUGGCCCUCCAGCCAUAUCGCUGCGCGCGAGAGCAUGAUGACGGCACCAAUAUCCUUCUCGAUGCAAAUGAGAACGCGUACGGUCCCUCUCUGAGCUCAGACGUCGCAGAGAAGACUGCCAAUGGUGUAGAGGUCGACUUGCUGGGCCUGCACCGUUAUCCUGAUCCUCACCAGGAGCCGUUGAAGCAGCAGCUCUGCGAACUGCGAAACACCCACGCCCAUACAGAUAAGACUCUCAAGCCUGAGAAUCUGUUUGUGGGAGUUGGCAGUGAUGAGGCUAUCGAUGCUCUACUGCGUUGCUUCUGCGUUCCUGGAAAGGACCGCAUCCUUACAUGUCCGCCUACGUAUGGCAUGUAUUCGGUGUCUGCACAGGUCAACGAUGUGGCUCUCGUUAAAGUUCCCCUUUUAGAAGCUCCCACAUUCAGCAUAGAUGUUCCAGCUGUCAUGGAAACUCUGACAAAAGAGCCUAACAUUAAGCUUGUCUACCUUUGCUCGCCCGGAAACCCCACUGGCUCAGUCCUUGCCAAGUCCGACGUGCAGCAGAUUCUUGAUCACCCAACAUGGAACGGCGUUGUCGUUCUCGACGAAGCAUAUAUCGACUUUGCCCCCGAAGAUGCUUCUCUGGCUGAAUGGGUGACCGAGUUCCCUAACCUGGUCGUUAUGCAAACCCUCUCCAAGGCCUUCGGCAUGGCUGGCAUCCGACUCGGUGCUGCAUUCACAUCCCCCCCAAUUGCACGACUUCUCAACAGUCUCAAGGCCCCUUACAACAUUUCCAGCCCUACAAGUGCCCUUGCGUCCUACGCUGUCUCGGAAAAGGGACUCGCUAUUAUGCGAGACCACCGUGCGCGCCUCCUAGAGCAGCGUGACCGUCUUAUUAAGGAACUCUCUAAAAUUCCCGGUGUCGGUCGUCUACGAGGUGGCACCGAGAGCAACUUUUUGCUUUACGAAAUGCUUAACACUGUAGGCGAGCCGGACAAUACUGUCGCGUUGGCCGUAUAUGAGAAACUUGCUGAGGGCAAGGGUGUUGUUGUGCGAUUCAGAGGAAAGGAGCACGGAUGCCAAGGAUGUCUACGAAUCACAGUCGGUACAGAUACCGAGGUGACAAGAUUCCUGGAGUCACUGAAGACGACGUUGGCUGAGGUGAGAGGAUCAUAA